CAAGAUGCCCGCCGUAAGCGAGUCUGCCAAACAGUUUAGCUAGUCUAGCUUUAUUUUCCAUUUAUGUGUGUUAGCAAGCACACUUUUAGUUUAGAGGUAGCACGUCCUCGCGGGAAGAAUGUCUUCGGUGACGUAUUCUCGGCGAGAAACGAGCUACUUUCUUUUCCGCCAGCUGUUCUUGAGACGAUCGUUCACACUCUCCUCUUCUCGUCGCCCACUUCUCCUUCAUCCUCUUCUUUCACUCUCUCACGACAAACAUGCUCUCCACAGUUGGUUUGCGCAUGUCGGGUGCAGUUGCCCGCAGCGCCUUGAAGCCCAUGGCAACCCAGCAAGUUCGCCACUUUGGCUUGGUCACGGAGAAGGAGGAACAAGCCAACACUCCAGUACAGAACCGCAACAUGUCAACAGCCAUCACAAAGUCAUACCCUGGACCUCUCCAACAGCCUUCGAAUGCCGUCGAGUAUGCUCUUUCGACUGUCGACAAGAUCAUCAACUGGGGUCGUGAGGGUUCGAUCUGGCCCAUGACGUUCGGUUUGGCGUGCUGUGCCGUCGAGAUGAUGCACAUGGCCGCUGGUCGUUACGAUCAGGAUCGCUUGGGAAUUGUGUUCCGUGCCUCUCCUCGUCAGUCCGAUGUCAUGAUCGUCGCCGGAACCCUUACCAACAAGAUGGCACCCGCUCUUCGUAAGGUUUACGAUCAGAUGCCCGAGCCUCGUUGGGUCAUCUCGAUGGGAUCUUGCGCUAACGGAGGUGGUUACUACCACUACUCGUACUCUGUUGUGCGCGGAUGCGAUCGUAUUGUUCCCGUCGAUAUCUAUGUACCUGGAUGCCCCCCUACCUCUGAGGCUUUGUUAUAUGGAGUACUUCAGCUUCAGAAGAAGAUGCGCAGGAGCCGCGUCACCACCAUGUGGUACAGAAAGUAAAAUAGAACUCGUCGCCUAUACAUAUAUUGUUUUCCUCCCCACUUUGCCAUCCUUCUCGCCAUGUCUUUUUCUUUCUUUUGUAAUGAAAAAACAGCAACAAUUUAUUCCAAAUUAAGAUCGUUGCUUUGAUAGUCUAGGAUGCUUUUUGAAGCCGUUUAGACGGAUAUUUUGACUUGCGCACGAGCAAUGUGAGAAAAAAUGUUGAAAGUUGAAGCUGAAGAGGGUUAGAGGGUAGGCCUGCAAAGUGCAGGAGUAAGGGGCGAAACCCAAAAAACAAAAAAAUGCGUUCAAAGUUCGGGCCACCAUGGCGAUGUUAAACAAAAUUCGUAGGUGUAUUGACACCAACUAAAAUCAAUGCACCCAAAAUUCGCUGAGCGAGUAUGCAAGGUGGCAUCUGAAUUUGAACGCGUUUAUCGGUGUAGCAAGGUGAUACAAAUUUUCUACUCCUUACUUGUGCAGAAC